AACAACGCAUACUUUGCUUACAUAAUGUUUUGUCGUUAUAUUGUAGUGUGUAAUAUGAUGUUAAACAGCGCGGCUGUUGCAAAAUAAAUAGCCGUCGUAUUAGCUUGUGUUAGCUAACUAUAAGGUCGCGAGAAAGUGGUGGUUUAGGUAGGCCCCUGCUAUGUAGCAUUAGCUAAAAUAAGCCUAAACUACACGAGCACAGCAUGUAAAGUGUUAGCCAAACUAAAAUAGUUGUGCGGUAGUUUAUGUGGCUAACUUUUCAGUGUCUAUGUAUCAUUCGUCAUGAUAUCUUCAUAACUUUACAGUAAUAGGAAUUUCUUUGUACUUGAAUGGUUAGCGUCUUCCCAUCACUGCCGGGAAUCGGUCGUAGUUCGUUCCAGCUAGCUUUUGGCUACUUUUUAUUAUUCAACAGACUCCAUACCAUCCCGGAGACACCCUACCAGCAGUGCACUCAAGAGGGAGAGUACUUCUCAGCCACCUCAGAGAUCCAGCUGCUGGGUUUGAAGAUUGUAACCUCAUCACCUCCGCCACUCCAGACGCAUACCAGCAUUACUAUGAGCAACAAUGGAGACGACUGCUACUUCUUUUACUAUUCCACCUGCACUAAAGGAGACAGCUGCCCAUUCAGACACUGUGAGGCAGCCAUGGGCAGCGAGAUCGUCUGCAACCUCUGGCAGGAAGGACGCUGCUUCCGUACCGUCUGCAAGUUUCGCCACAUGGAGAUCACAAAAAAACGAAAGGAGAUCCCGUGUUAUUGGGAGAACCAGCCAGCCGGCUGCCAGAAGCCACACUGUGCCUUCUUCCAUGAAAGGCCCCGCUACAUUGAUGGCAUCUUUGUCUCACCUGAUAAAAGUCUAAGCAAGAAUGAGGAACAGCCACAUGAGGAACCAGCUCCCCCGCCACCCGCUCCUCUCCCCACCGCAGCUAAUCCCCAGCUCAGGAGCGUCAAGACAGAAACUCAGGAGCCAGUACCGAGUCCCACCCACCCACCAGUGGUGAUCAAUCCAGCAGAUGAUGACGAGGAUGAAGAUGAUCAGUUCUCAGAAGAGGGAGAGGUUGGCUCAUCUCCAAGAAAACUACCCAAAUCAGACGACUCACUGAACUUUGGAGUGAGCACCCUGGAGGAGAUCCGACUGAGGAAGGCCCUGAAGGCCAGCAUGAAGAGAGCCGGUUACCCUAUCCAGAGUGCUGAUCCCUCCGCCAAUGGAGAGAAAGAAAACAUCCAGGCUUUCUUCCGACCAGCCCUCUACGAGGCGAGAGAUGGUCCUCUUGGCUUUGAAGAGACUGGGAGACCAAGAGGCAGUUUGGCUGAAAGACUUGGAAGGAAGGUGCCCAACUCCGAUGUGAUAAGUGGAGAAAGUUUGCCACUGAGGAGGAGUCUGGCUGGGCGUCUGGGAAGAAUUGUGGAUGAAGACGAGCCAUUAAUGCCCCCUCAGAAAGUUUCGAAGCCUGUAAGGGAAAGACUUGGAUUGCCUGGGUCUCUUUCACCCACUCAACCAGGAGAGACCAACAUGGAGACAAAGAAAGCUCCCGAGGUAAUCCGCAUCAAAACUCUGGAGGAGAUCAGACAGGAGAAAGCAGCAAAAUCUCAGAGUCAGAAAGAUGGUCCUUCAGCUGUGGCUCCAGAAAUCAACAAAACCCAAACCACCAAGGGUGUCAAGCGAGCCAUCACCGUCAAAGCAGUCCCCAUUAACCAUGUCAAAACCUUCUCAGAGAUCCUUCUUGCCAAGAAAAAAAGGCAGGAGGAACAGGAGCAGAAAACCAGCCCUAAGAAGGCCAAGCAGCCUGUGGAGAGAGCUCCUGCCAAGGGCCCAGGAGAGUCUGACACUGCGGCCCCUCAGGCUACAAACGUCGGGGAGGUCAGAGUGAAGACUCUGGAGGAGAUCCGCAGGGAGAAGGCAGGGAAGCUUCAGGCUCAGCAGGCGCUGGAGGCUGAAAAUAAGAAGAGCUCUGAUACUGAGGAGAACAACACCAAGAAGCCUCGCCUGCUGCGCAUCAAGAAAAUGGCUUCACAAAGCAACGUGCCAACAGUGAAGAGUGCUGAGGCUACAGAGAAGCCGCUGAAAACUCCUGCUUCUGCUCCUGAGACCAGUGCUGCCACCAGCAACAAUGUCAAGGUCAAGACCUUUGAGGAGAUCAUGCGGCAGAAACGCCUUCGCAGGCAGGAAAUGGAGGAGCAGGCCCAAGGCUCGGCUGAAGCAGAGCCUUCUCAGAAAGAGGCCGACAAAGGAACCCUGAAGAGGAAGGUCCCGGCUAGAGUCCGUCUAACAUGCCAGGGCUCUUCAUCACCUUCCUCCACCACUCUGACCCCUGACUCCACCCCUUCCACCCAAAAGCUCCCUGUUGGUAAAUUGAUCCCCCUCAAACCCAAAGCUGCGUCCCCUCUGAACAGCACCACUGCUGGUAGCAGAGCUGCUGCAGUUCCAGCUGCGCCUUCAGUCCCUGUGAAGCUCAGCUCCUCUCCACUGGAGGCUGACUCAGAGUCUGACUCUCAGAGCCCCAGCAGCUCCAGGGAGGUCCCAGACAAAAACAAGAGGAGCUCCACCACACUGUCACCAGCUAAGCAGGCCACAGCAGCUCCCCGAGGCCCCGCUGCAGACGCCCCUGCAGCUGAUAAAACACUGAACAAUAAUCACAAGAACUCCCCAGAACACACUGCAGACACCAAAGUGAGACCCAAGCUGAAUGUGAAGCCGUCAGUGAUGAAGGUGAAGCCAGGCCAGAAGAGGAGAGCAGCAGAGAGAUCAGCUGUUGCAGCUGUUAAACCUCUGAACAGCACCUCCACAGUGCUGGAGGAGCCACUGCAGGACACAGCAUGCAGAGACAGACAGGAGUUCCCGUCCUCCAGCGCGGAGGCUCAGCUGAGCUCUGCUGUUCCUCAGAGUCCCAGCACCCUGCUGGACUCGGGCUCCAGUUCCAGCCCGCUGAGAGAGGAGCUGCAGACUGUUCCUGUCUUCAAACAGAGUCUGAGCCAAGAAAGCAAGCAGACUGUCUGCGUGGCUGCAGCCAGAGAGGCCUGCACAGUCCCUCAAAGCCCAGUCCUGAAGUCUCCCACUCAGCCCAAGUCACGCAGACAGAGCGUAGCUGCAUCGCGCACCGCCUCCAGCGCCGCCGCAUCCACCUCCGCUGUGGACGACUUCGAGGAGCUGAUCAACGAGUUCACCGACGACCAUCUGGAGGACGAUGUGGACCCCGGCAUCGGAGAGGAAGACCUGCUGCAGGAACUGUCAGAAAUGAUUGACAGCUGAGGGCUCCAGCAAGCACAAUCAAACACCCGGCCCCAACUUUGUCUUGUUUACAAGAAGUGAAGACCAUCAGUCACUGUCUACCAUGGAGCGUUUUAAAGAGACACUGUUUUUGUAUAAAUUUCAAAAUAUUUUAAGCUUUUGGUUCAUAUUUGUUUUUCUUCUCUCCUUUUUUAUUUCCUGCCCAUAUGAUCAUCUGCUCCCCCCAAAUGUUAUUCUGCAGGGCCUUUUUUCGUUUGUUCGUGAUCAUUGUCAAAAUGUUGGAUUUUUUGGUUCCAACAUUUCCAACAGGUUUUGGAAAAGAAGAAAGAAAAAAAAAAAGCAUUGGUGCAGGGUUAUAUUGUUGAGAAAACCACCAGAUUUUCAGGAAUACCUGGAAGAUGUUUAGUCUCGGGGAAUGUGAUGUGAAUGUGAUAUUUUAGAGAGAAGUCAUAUCUGUAUACUGUGUAUGCAAGGGAAGAGCAAGCUGAGUAGAGAAAUAAUGAACACUGCUGCACUUACAUUCCCCCCCCCCCCCCCAACUAUGUUUUUGUUUUUAUUUUUGUGAGUGGAGAAGACUGCUGCUGCCCAGCCAGUUCCCAGAUUAUGACAUUUAAAUGUAUCAGUUUUAAUUUAAAGAUGACCCUGUCAAUACAGCUCAGGUCCAAGCCUGAGAGAACAUUCUAAAGUUACUGUCUGGAUUUUUUUUACCCAUCAGGUUUAGUGAUAUCUAGAUUUUCCACUCCGAUCUUCUGGAGUGAACCCUGUGCCAGUGGCUGUUCUUUAGUGUUUUUAUAAUGUUUGACUGAAAUGUACCUCUUCAAUGUUUUUCCUAAGCAGUUCUUUUAUUCAGGGGGUAUACUUUGAAACAACCAGUCUGGGAUAAAUGUGUAUGUGCUUCCCUGGGCUUUGUUAAUGAACAUCUCAGGGACUGUUUGUAUGUUCCUACUAUGAUUGACAAACACUGUACUUCAAUACAACAAUGCUGUCUUACGUUGUCUGGUACUCUUUUGUGUUAUCAAUGUGAUCUGAAGAAAGAUCAACAUGUUUUUUGGUCUUAAUAUGUAUUUGCUCUGUCCUGACCCUUUCCCACAUGAGAACUCUUCAAAGUCACAUGUACAUAUUACUGUGUAAAUAAAAGGUGCUUUUAAUGA